CAUUCAUGACUCUUUCGACGCUCGGGAAGCCGCUAUGUCUGCCCACAGCCCGCUUCAGGUGGCCAACAUCCCCUGGAGGAACAACAACUUCAGCCUGAUGAGCCGCGACCCGCCGCUGUCCGACCAGGGAGAGACCAUCAUCGGCGUCUACCUGCUCGUCCUGGGCUGGUUGUCGUGGUUCGGGAACAGCAUCGUGAUCUUCGUUCUGUUCAAGCAGAGAUCUUCUCUCCAGCCCACAGACUACCUGACGCUCAACCUGGCCGUCUCUGACGCCAGCAUCUCUGUGUUCGGAUACUCCCGAGGAAUCCUGGAGAUCUUCAACAUCUUCAGGGACAACGGAUACCUCAUCACCUCCGUCUGGACCUGCCAGGUGGACGGCUUCUUCACGCUGGUCUUUGGUCUGGGGAGCAUCAACACUCUGACCGUCAUCAGCAUCAGCAGAUACAUCAAGGGCUGUCACCCUAAUAAAGCUCACUGCAUCACUAACGCCACCGUGCUCAGCUCUGUGAUCUUCAUCUGGACAGGAGCCGUGUUCUGGUCCGGAGCCCCGAUCCUCGGCUGGGGAAGCUACACGGACCGUGGAUACGGCACCUGUGAGAUCGACUGGGUCAAAGCCAACUACUCCACCAUCCACAAAUCCUACAUCAUCUCCAUCCUCAUCUUCUGCUUCUUCAUCCCCGUCCUGAUCAUGCUCUUCUCGUACAUCUCCAUCAUCAACACGGUGAAGAGAGGGAACGCCAUGUCAGCCGAAGGAGACCUGACCGACCGGCAGCGCAAGAUCGAGAGAGACGUCACCAUCGUGUCUAUCGUGAUCUGCACAGCGUUCAUCCUGGCCUGGUCUCCGUACGCCGUGGUGUCGAUGUGGUCAGCCUGGGGUUUCCACGUCCCGAGCCUCACCAGCAUCUUCACGCGGCUCUUCGCCAAAUCCGCCAGCUUCUACAACCCCCUGAUCUACUUCGGCCUGAGCUCCAAGUUCCGGCGGGACGUGAACGUGCUGCUGCCGUGCGGAGGAGAGGCCCGGGACGGCGUCAAGCUCAAGCGCUUCAAGAAGAUCAAGGGCAGGGCGGACGGCCAGAGACUCCGAGCCGAGGAGAACCGAGACCUACAGAAGAACCAGAGGAAGUACGCCCCGGCCGACCCCGCCCCCAGCCCCGACUCAGGUGUGGGCAGUCACCUGGAGACUCCGCCCCCUGCGGCUCAGCAGGUGUUCUUCAUCGACGCACCUGAACCUGAGUCCCAGUGCGACCGGCUCUAGAUCUACACUGCUUUUUUCAUUCACUGUGUACAAAAUAAAAGUCUUUGUUUAUGUCAUAUAUGACCCCGGAGCAGAGAAGCAGCUGUAUUUAUAACAAUAACCAAUAAUACACUGCAUGGCUCAAAAUGACCCAUUUUUCCUUUAUGCCAAAAAAUGAAGAUACUUAGUCGAUUUCCUACCAUUAAUAUAUCGAUUUUCUCAAUAUUUACCUUUUAUGAUCAUAGUCUGAUCAUAGCAAACCAGAAAUACACAGAGAUGAUUUAUUCAUUUGAUUUCAAUUUAAAACUAUUGACCCUCAUGCUCCAGGGACACAUAUAUGUGUGGGUACUGUGUAUAAUUUAUUAUUAUUAUUAUUAUUAUUAUUAAACAUACAGCAUACAGUAGUG